AGAUUCCCAGAGCCACCAGAGAAGAUCGACACCUCGGCCCAAGGCCGCAUGCUGGCGACGUCAGGGACUCUUAGGGCAGGCUGCGCGGGGUGCUUGGUAAGCUCCACUGCCGGUGCGAGGCAAUCCAGGUCGGCGGGCAGCAAGCAGGAGGAUAGCAAGCAUCUGAGGUUCAGGAAGCGGUGGCUGGUUGGCUCGGGUGCCUUUCCGCGACUGCGAAGCACCCCGCAAACAACGGGCCUGCCUCUCCCAUUGUUCUUUCUCCCGGCCAGGCCGCCCAGUCGUCGCCAUGUCUCGACUCGUAGAGGGGGCUUUUAAUGUUGGCGUUCCGCUGCCGCGGGCGGCAAGCCAGGCCUGCCAAAGCUCGAUCUACGCCGGGCUCCUGUCGCCCUGUCUUUAGCACCUCUCCUCCAUCCCUCAACCAUCUG